AUUCAUGUUGGCAUGUACAAUGGGACCAAAACCUGUCUUUCUAGUUUCUUGUAAACCGAGAGAUUCGGUUGCCCUGUACAAAAGAGGUGGCUGUUUUUUUUACAAAACCCGUGCUCUGCUUGCGAGAGUGAGGGAACCAGUCUAGCCGAGGUCGGAAAGCGUCAACGAUGCGGACCCCGCUGGUGAUGAUCUUGGGCUUGGUUUUAGCCCCCGCCGGAUUUGUGUUGAUUCUCACCUGCACCGUGGCUCCCGCCUGGAGAGACGUCGCCGAAAUCCCUACCGGAGCUACUGUGGACGAGGUGCACCAUCAGGGGCUCUGGGAAAUCUGCAGGUCCGUGGCGUCGGUGCGAUCGCUGUCCUGCGACCUACAGGACGAUGUCUACUUUGCCGAUCAAAUCGUCAGGAUCGCCAAAGGACUGACCAUUGCCUCUCUGGUGGUGUCGGCGGGUGGCAUCCUGCUGGCGUCCUUUGGGGUGCGUUGCUGGACGGAGCCGCCCCGACCAGCCAUCGUCGGAGUGGCAGGGCUCAUCCUAGUGGCCGGCGGUAUCCUGAUCCUCAUCCCGGUCUCCUGGUAUACGGAUCAACUCAAUCAAAUCCCCAACACUGUUGGUGGCAAUAAGCUGACGGUCGGAUACGCCGCAGUCCUGGGAUUCAUUGGAGGAGGCCUAAUCAUUAUUGGCGGAUUUGCUCUCAUGUUUAGUUUUGGCAUGUUACGGAAAAGCAAGAGUCCAGCGUUAAAGAAUUAUCACGCGAGGAGCACAACCCAGCCCGCCGACAAACAUCAAACUGGGAUUGCCAGCCCAAUCUCUGUUAUAAACGUUCCACCUGCCAACACCAGCUCGGCACCUCCCUGGGAUACCGAUUUCUGACCAUUCCAUUGUCGGUGAUAAACGAAUAACGAGGUCUGAGUGGUAUGCGGAUACACAAGUUUGCUGGAAUCUGAAGCAACACACAGUGCACUGGGGAAACCAAGCAUGUCAGGCAACACUUGUGGACUGACCCUUCACGAGGACUGUAAAGAAGAACAAAAUUACUGGUAUAAAACAGAUGCAAGGAAGGCGUGGAGAAAGAGCUGAUGGUUGUCAUCUAUCGUCUAUUACCUGCAACAAUCACCUGCUUGCCAAGUUUCUCCAGCAUAUUGUAUAUUGCUUCUAGUAGCACGUGCACUUUGCCGGUAUCUCUGGUUUAUAUUACACCAUCCAGCAAUUCAGAUGUUAUUUAUUAGAGUUUACAGCAAAAAAAUUGUGACUAUAUCCCCAGAAUUGAAUAGACAAUAUAGAGCUACUUUGUGGAAUGGACUGAGAACUGUUGAUCAUCUCACUACUUAUGAAACAGAUCAUUAUAAGGGAAAGCCAGUAUCAGAAAUAGAAAUAGAUGCUUUCGAGGAGUAUUUUAAUCAUAAAGAGAAGGCAUUAUUUGACAUGGUUGCCGAAUAUUUUCCUAGUAUCAUAUUUUGCUGGUCUGCACAUUGAUACAAAAUAGAAGGAUGAGAAUUCUGCUUGGUUACCCAAAUAAUACGGGUAUCUGUGAUAAUAUUGUAUAUCCCAAAGUUGCAUGAUUGUUAACCGACACAAAAUGCUAUAAUUUUUAAGGAGGUAAUAUCAGCAGCAUAUUGCUGUAUUUUUUUAAUUAUAUAAUCACCUUCAAUAAACUAUUUGAGACUCUCACCUUGACUCAUACUUGGUACACGGAAUGGCAUACAAUUGUAAAAGCGUAGGCAUUAAGCUUGUGACAAAACUUGUUCAUAUUGCAUAAAAAUAUAGCUUUCAUAAACACUAGAGCUUCUGCAGGUGCUGGAAAUCCAAAGUAACAUAUGUAAAAUGCUGGAGGAACUCAGCAGGCCUAUGGAGAGGGAAAAACAGUCAGCAUUUCAGGCUGAGACCUUUGAAAAGUGAAAAGUAACAGACCCAACACUGAAUCUUACAGAACACCAAUAGUCACUGGCAGCCAUCCAGAACAGACCCUUUCAUUCCCAUCCACUGCUUUCUGCCAGGCAGCCAGUUUUCUGUCCAUGCUGGUAUUUUUCCUGUACUACCAUUAGUGACUGUACUCUUUUCCAUAGAUGCUGUGGGCCCAUUGAGUUCCUUCAGCAUUUCGUGUGUGUUGCUCAGAUUUCCAGCAUCUGCAGGU